AUGGUGCGCUUCAAUUUGCUGGCCCUCGCUGCCACCGCCCAGCUUGCCCAAGCGUGGCUUCCAAAUGACGGUUCGAAGAAGCUAUUGGAUACCCGAGGCUUCAGUCUCUUUGAUGGGCAAAACACCACCGACGAUGGUGUUGAAAAGCGUUGGAUGCCCGGUUCCGGCAAGAUCAGGGGUGUCAACCUCGGGUCUCUUUUCGUCUUUGAGCCGUGGAUGGCCAACACGGAAUGGACUAACAUGGGCUGUGGUGGUCAGAACUCCGAGUUCGAUUGUGUCAUGAACAUUGGCCAGGACAAGGCCGACGCGGCUUUCCAGAAGCAUUGGGGUUCGUGGAUUACCCAGAGCGACCUCGACGAGAUGAUGGGCUACGGUAUCAACACGAUUCGGAUCCCUCUCGGUUACUGGUUGGACGAGUCGUUGGUGGACAAGAACUCUGAACACUUUCCAAGGGGUGCCGAGAAGUACUUGAUCCAGCUUUGCGGAUGGGCUAGUGACCGCGGCUUUUACAUCAUCCUUGACCACCACGGAGCCCCGGGAGCCCAAGUUGCAAAGAACGCAUUCACCGGCCAAUUUGCGUCGACGCCCGGUUUCUACAAUGACUAUCAGUAUGGCCGCGCCGUCAAGUUCCUCCAGUACCUAAGGAAGCUUGCACAUGACCACAACGAGCUUCGCAACGUCGGCAUGAUCGAGCUUGUCAAUGAGCCUACGAGCUGGGAUUCAGCUGUGCCGUCUAUGCGGAGCACCUUCUACAAGAAUGCCUACAAUGCCAUUCGUCAAGUCGAAAACGAUCUUGGCACCACUGCCAACAACCAAUUCCACAUCCAGAUGAUGAACACCCUCUGGGGCUCCGGCAACCCGGUCGAAUUCCUCGACAGCAAGUACUUCACCGCCUUCGACGAUCACCGCUACCUCAAGUGGGCGACGAACGUGCCCGUCACUCACGACAGCUACAUCUCGACGUCCUGCAAGGACAACCGGAACAGCGACUCCUCCGGUCCCACCAUCGUCGGCGAGUGGAGCAUCAGCCCUCCGGACUCGGUCGAGAACACGGAUGGCUGGAGCAAGGACACGCAGAAGGACUUUUACAAGAAGUGGUUCGCGGCGCAGGUGUAUGCGUACGAGAAGUCGACUGCGGGCUGGGUCUUCUGGACGUGGAAGGCUCAGCUUGGUGAUUACCGGUGGUCUUACAGAGACGCUUUCAUUGCCGGUGUUGUUCCGAGGGACCUGAACACGAUCGCAAACUCUGGUGUUUGCAGCUAG